UUUUAAGUUAAAGUUACAUAAUGUUAUUGUUUCGUUUAAGCUGCACGGUUUUAAUACUUCUUGUAUUUAAACUUUUAGAUUUACGUUGUCAAAGAAGAAUCAGUAAUGGUCAUAGAUUGGAGAAAUUAAAAAAUUAUUUGGUGUAUUUCGUACAUUCGGAUAAAUCUACGACUAGUUAUGACGGCUGGACUUGCGCUGGCACUUUAGUGCAUUCAUUAUUUAUAGUAACAGCCGCAGCUUGUUUGGAGGAUGUUCCUAAUCUUUAUGCUAUGGCUGGAUACGCGAAAUUGGUACCAUAUUCAAGAAUUGACGUUGAUAAAUGUACUUCUCGGAAACAAACUCAAAAAAAGAAAGUCAUCUACACUUGUGUACCGAAAUCUUAUGAACUUGAUUACGCCAACGUCGAAAAGUGGUCAGCAAUUGAUAUAGGAAUUGCGAAAGUUGAAACUCGAUUCAUACAACAUGCAGAAUACGAAAAGUUUUGUACAGUCAAACCUUUGCGAUUACCGGUUAAUUUCAACCAUGCGUAUCAAUCCCCGGGCAUCGAUGCAAUCGUUAUGGGCUGGGGACAUCUCGAAACUUGGAGGAAACCAGGGGAUCAAACAAAUUAUAAUCAAGAACGACCGCGAUACGCCUCAGUACGUAUAAUGAACAAGAAGGAAUGCAAAGAGUAUUACAAAGAUUUUCCCGAGCUACAAAAAAACAUAGACAAGUAUAUGAUAUGUACUAUGGAGAAAGGAAACGUUAAUGCUGCGGGUGUCACCAACUGGUCGCAUAUUGACUUUAAAGACCAAUGCACAGGGGAUGAUCAAAAUUGUAGAAGAAAUUUCAAGGAAAGUCAUCAUUGGAAUAUAUCAAGCGUGAACGGACGGAGGCAAGGAAUUUGUCAAAAUGAUCACGGUGCACCGCUGGUUACGUGGAUUGGUGGCAAAGAGCAUCUCAUCGGCGUCGCCUCUGUAUUCCGAGUUAAUCAAGAAGGCAAAUGCGCAGGGCCGUAUCUAUUUACAAGUACACAGUGCAAUGGGGUUUUCUUGGAAUGUGUACUUGGGGAAUAUUUGUAUAAGAACUCAGGCGACAAGCGAAGACGUUCAAUAUGCAAUUCGCCAGCAAGAGAGCGAGGUUUCGAAAUGAUACAUAGACAUAUAAAUUGGAUUAAUAAUACAUAUAUAAAAAGAAAAUCAAGAAAAGAAAGGAGACAAAAAUUUAAACAAGUCACAAAACAUAAUAUUCAAAGGACAACAAAAAAAUCUUUCCUAAACGAAAAAAUACGUAUAAGACCUCAAAUAUCUAUUAGAAAUUUAACAGAAAUCAAGAAACUUUGA